CAACAUUAAGGAUGUGUUCAGCAAGGCCAUGAUCAACCGCACACUGCCUGCUCCAUGCACCAUGGAGGUGGAUCUGUACCAGUUGGAGCCAGAGCGGAAGCGACGGGUGCAAGAUGGGCCCUCUGGCGGAGGUCCUUGUCGCCCACCAUUCGUUGUGCAGAGUAUUCCAUUCAGUGACAUGAUUCUGGUGGUGGUCCAUGCUACAUGUCCCCAGGCCUCUGACCCCUCUGUGUCCCCCUUGAAUGUUAUCCCGAGUGAGGUCAACUACAAUGGCACCAGCCUUAAUUGUCAAAAGAUCAAGUUCAAGCACAACUUGCCUCGUAGAAGGCCUCCUUCGUGCAUCAAGGAACAUGAAAAAGUAAGAAAUGCAGGGAUAUGA